AUGGAUCAGUCAAAACUACGUCUCCCAAGGCUUGGCUACAAAAGGAUGUCGAAGGCAUUUGACAAGAUCUUUCGGCCUGCUUGCCAUUUGGUGGGCACGUGGAUCCAUGGGUUUCGAUUGAACUUGAACCUAUCGACUGAAGAUCUCAAAAAGGACAGCGUCACUUCCAUCGAGCUCUGUGCUCGUGCCCUAUCCGAGGUGAUCGACAAUUUUGGCAGCAUUCCACUGUCGAUACACCUCCAGCAAGACAACACAUACAGGGAGGGCAAGAAUAAGUACAUGAUGGCGUUCUUUCUCCUUCUACAAAUCCUUGGUGUGUGCAGGUUUGCCUCACUCGGCUUUUGCCGAGUGGGGCAUAGCCACGAAGACAUCGACCAAUGUUUUGGUCAAAUCGCUAGGCUUUUGAUGGGCAAAUCUGUUACAAGCCCUGAUGGGAUGAUUGCAGUGCUCACCGAAGCGAUGGAAACUGGAACUGAUCCUGGAAACACUGGACGCAUCAGAGGCUCGCAGGCAAGGGCUUACAAGCUGGACGAGACAUGCUGCUGGAAACCAUUUGUAGGUCAGACAGGAGUCAUUUUUCGAGGCCUCCGCCGGGUACACUACUUCCGGUUUUGCGCACGGAAGGACCUGGGCACAGACGUCUUAGACAAUGUCUUGCAAUUGGAGGAGCUGAGUGGUAACCGCUUUGAACCACAUCAAGAUGAUACCUUUUUGAUUACAAAAAGGUGGCUGGCAGAUACGGAGGUUCAACGUGCUUUGUGUGUCGUUCCCGCAGUCACUGCUGCCCAAAUACGUGCUGGUUAUCAGCCACCUUCAGGUGUGGCUCCUCGACGAGUGAUCCGAGAACCCAUUCGGAAGAACAUUGAAAAAACGGUUCCACCCUGCCGGUACUCAAUUGUGAAGUCUCGCUUGGAGAAGCUGGGGUACAUUGUCUCAGGCGCUGAGUAUAACACAGCGGACUUUGGACUUCCACAGCAGCGACGCAGAGCGUGGUUACUAUGUAUCCAGGCUUCAGAACUUUCCUCCUCAAGCGCACAACUGGCAGCAGACAUGAAUCUGUUCAGAAGACACAAUGGCAAGCUUCAGAAGCGAGUGAGGGAGUUGACCCCACUUGCAACCAGCUGCAGCCAACGAGAGAUCUGCAUCUUAGCCUGUGCUAUUGAGCAAUUGGCAGUUGAGAAGGGUGUGGAUGCGAUGAAGUCCAUGGUGGUCAUCCAGGAGCUGGCCAAAUUACAGGGCAUUGGUGGCACGGAAUGGUCUCACUAUGACAUGCAUUUGGCACCAGACAAGGAACCGGGCUGUAGGAUCGACAUGGCUCCUGCUCGGAAGAAGCAACGCACAGCUCAGAGCAACAGCAAGAACGCCGGCCAUCUACCAGAUAAUAUCUCUCAGGUGGCACCAGUUCGCAUCGAGCUGAGGGACUUCAUAUCUCUGGUGCAUCAAGGCCGCCAUGGAUUCAGUGAAGAUCGCAAGUUUCCUUUGCACAAGGGUGGCUCAUUCUUGGAUCUGGUGCAGCGAUGCUGGGCUGAUGAAACUUCUUUGAUUGAGGACAGCUUGGACUUUGUGAAGAGGAUCGGAUUGAUGGCAUCAGAUUCCUCCGUCGAUGACUUCACUCAGAAGUAUCUGACAUUGAAGGACUAUUAA